AUGACACCCUCUCUGUUGCACAGGCCAAUACUCCUCCUGGAUGGUGGGCUGGGUACGACGCUUGAGGACGAGCACGGUGUGAAAUUCUCCACUGCAACGCCACUAUGGUCGUCUCACCUUCUGGUCGACGGCGUGGAGAUCCUCAAAACCGUCCAGCGCGAUUUUGCGGAAGCUGGAGCGGAUAUCAUUCUUACUGCAACAUAUCAAGCGAGCCUUCAUGGCUUCAAGAAUACCCGAACUACAAACGAGAAUGGCGUUGAACGAGAAGAGGCGAGGAGAUACAUGCUCUCCGCAGUUCGGAUUGCACGAGAAGCGUUUAAUGGACGACCCGGUCUGGUGGCUUUGAGCCUGGGUGCAUACGGUGCUACCAUGGUUCCGAGUACCGAAUACAGUGGAAAAUAUGGUGCCAUGACUGAAGAUGACCUUCUCAACUUCCACCUGGAAAGGAUCGUGUGCUUUGUGGACAGCGACGAGUGGACGGAUAUUGAUCUGGUCGCGAUCGAGACUCUGCCCAGAAUCGACGAAGUAAGAGCGGUUAGGAGAAUGAUGCAACGAGUGUCCGACAAGGAAUACUGGAUUUCCUGUGUCUUCCCCAAUGGUCAGGAGGAAUUGCCUGAUGGGACAGUAGUGGGAGAGUUGGUCAAGACCUUGCUGGAAGGGGAGCGGACCCCGUACGCGAUUGGCAUUAACUGCACAAAGGUUUCGAACAUUGCCGGCUUGGUCAAGAGAUUCGAAGACGCCGCCAAUGCCCUGGCUCUGGACCUCCCUCGGUUGGUUAUCUACCCCGACGGCGCAGGCGGGCAAGUAUACGACACCAGGCUGCAGCAAUGGGUGGGUGGUGAUGAGGGUCAGCUAUCGUGGGAUCAGCAAGUAUACAGCAUUGUCAAGGACGUGCAGGAGAGGAGUAAAUGGAAAGGAAUCCUCGUGGGUGGAUGCUGCAAGACCAGGCCAGAACAUAUCAAGAAAUUGGCUGCGAAACUGCGGGAAUUGAGAUAG